AUGGAGACGUUGUCCCUGGAGUGCCAGAUCCAAAGUGUGCAGAGACACGUCGCCUUCCUGAAGAAGGAGCAGAUGGAACUCCUCCAUGACCUGCACUUGGAGAUCCUUCGGCUGCAGAAACACUGUACAGAGCUGACCCAGGACCUCGAAACAAAGGAGGUGGAAGUCAGCUGUCAAGAAAUCGUUGACCGGGAACUGGAGGAGAAAUGCAAGAUAAUAGAGGCCCAGCUGCAGGAGAAAGAAGAGGACAAUCUAGAGUUACGGAAGGAGCUCAGGCACAAGGAGAGCUUAGUGGCUGCUCUGCGAUCCAACCUGAGGAAUAAAGAGAGAAAGUUCUUGGAGGAACUGAAGAGGAGAAGCCAUCGCGUGACUAUCCUGAACACGGAGCUCCAGAAACAGACAGAAGCAGCUGCGUACCUCUCCUUCCAGCUGCAUGCCUCCAAGCAGAAGCUUCACAGUUCCCGGCAGACGCCUGCCAGUGAGGUGAGGCCCAAAAAACGGACACAGAAGUCCCGCUCCCGCAGGCAAGCCACUGGUUCCGUCCGCAGCAAGGGGGCCUUCAAAGACCCUUCCUUUUGUGACCGGCUAGGUAGUUUUGAAGAUGCUGAACCUAUGCCUGACCCGGCCCUGUUUUUAUACACUAAACGGCCCCAGAAACCUAAUUAA